GCCCAAGAGCGAAGGCCUGGCCCCGCCCUCUCUCGAACGUCUCCGCGGGGUCGCCCGGGAAACGCAUUCUCGGAGGAACCUGCAGCCGCCAAUGGGAAGGGAGCGAGUGCCACGAACAGACCAAUAAGGAGGGAGCAGUGCGGGGUUUAAACCUGCUGCCGGGCCCGGCUCCUCCCGGCGUGCUGCGGCGGAACGGCUGUUGAGCUGCGCGGGGUUCAGGUCCCCGGCUGGUUGGUGACUCCCGUGCUCUGCUUCUCCCCACUGAGCUGCUGCCUGGUGAAGAAGAAGCCAUGGCACUCCGGGUCACCAGGAACGCAAAAGUUAAUGUGGAAAAUAAGGCGAAGAUCAGCAUGGCAGGCGCAAAGCGCGUGCCUCUGGCCACGACUGCGGCCUCCAAGCCCGGGCUGAGGCCGAGAACAGCCCUCGGAGACAUUGGUAACAAAGUCAGCGAACAACCACAGGCCAAAUUGCCUCUGAAAAAGGAAGCAAAAACUUUGGUUCCUGGAAAAGUUAUUGCUAAAAAACUACCUAAACCUCUGGAGAAGGCACCCGAGCCUGUGCCAGAACCUGAGCCAGAACCUGAGCCCGUUAAAGAAGAAAAACUUUCGCCUGAGCCUAUUUUGGUUGAUACUCCCUCUCCAAGCCCAAUGGAAACAUCUGGAUGUGCCCCUGCAGAAGAAUAUCUGUGUCAGGCAUUCUCUGAUGUAAUUCUUGCAGUGAAUGAUGUGGAUGCUGAAGAUGGAGCUGAUCCAAACCUUUGUAGUGAAUAUGUAAAAGAUAUUUAUGCUUAUCUGAGACAACUUGAGGAAGAGCAAGCCAUCAGACCAAAAUACCUACUGGGUCGUGAAGUCACUGGAAACAUGAGAGCUAUCCUUAUUGACUGGCUAGUACAGGUUCAGAUGAAGUUCAGGUUACUUCAGGAGACCAUGUACAUGACUGUUUCCAUUAUUGAUCGGUUCAUGCAGAAUAACUGUGUGCCCAAGAAGAUGCUGCAGCUGGUUGGUGUCACUGCCAUGUUUAUUGCAAGCAAAUAUGAAGAAAUGUACCCUCCAGAAAUUGGUGACUUUGCCUUUGUGACGGACAACACUUACACUAAGCACCAAAUCAGACAGAUGGAAAUGAAGAUUCUAAGAUCUUUAAAUUUUGGUCUGGGCCGCCCUCUACCCCUGCAUUUCCUUCGGAGAGCAUCUAAGAUCGGAGAGGUUGAUGUUGAGCAACAUACUUUGGCCAAAUACCUGAUGGAACUAACUAUGUUGGACUACGAUAUGGUGCACUUUCCUCCUUCUCAGAUUGCAGCAGGAGCUUUUUGCUUAGCACUGAAAAUUCUUGAUAACGGUGAAUGGACACCAACUCUACAGCAUUAUCUAUCAUACACUGAAGAAUCCCUUCUAAGUGUUAUGCAACACCUGGCUAAGAAUAUAGUCAUGGUGAAUCGUGGGCUUACAAAGCACAUGACCAUCAAGAACAAGUAUGCCACAUCUAAGCACGCGAAGAUCAGCACGCUGGCACAGCUAAAUUCUGCACUAGUUCAAGAUUUAGCCAAGGCUGUGGCAAAGGUGUAACUUGUAAACAUGAGUUGGAGUACUAUAAUAACUGCAAAUAAAAUUGGCACCAUGUGCCAUCUGUACAUACUAUAUGUUACCUUUACUGACUUUUAAUAAAGUUUGUGGUCCUUUUUACUUAUACCUUAACUCAUUUGAAUGUCGCUACUUUCCUACUUGAGGAUAACCUAAAAGUUGUGUUAAAGGUAUGGUGAGGAGUAUAAAAAGUGCUUUCAGUUUAUUGAGACCCAACUUACAUAUAUAAUUGUCAUUCAUGUGGUUCUUGUUUUAUGUAUUUGGCUUUUGCUUUCUUAAUAUGGAUUACUUUGGUCAUGAAGGCAUUUAAAGCCCUUCUGUAGGGCAUAUGUACAGCCCUGUAAGCCCUGUCAUCUUGGAGAAUAUGCAGCCUCUUUCGUCUUAAAAGCCUGCCACCUCACCUUUAGACAAUCCCCUCCCUGUUUUCUGUUUCUUCCGGUGGCUGCUGCCAUAAUUCCAAGAAGUUUUUAUUUCUACCACUAUUUCUUAAAUUAUCAACUUUAGUAUCAUUUUUUUCACCUGCAGAAAUAAGAACUUUGUAUUUUAAACAUACUUUUUCAUUGUUGAUCAAAUAAAAGUAGAUCCUCAAAACAUAAA